AUCUUCCCUAAAAAGAAAAAAAAUACUCCCACAACCGCCAAACACAUAUGUAUCAUAUUGCACCACAAAAGCAAGCAAAUACCAAUUCUUAGUAGCUAAGAAUACAGUCAUUAAUACCCACUCACUUCCAAAAUGAAACUAUAUAUAAGAGUCUCACUACUUCUUGGAAUUAAUCCUAGGAUUUUUAAAAGAAAAAAGUACAAAAAUGGUAUCAUUUGGUGAGUAUCUCGAGAGUUGGGAAGUUGAGCAAAAAAGAUACCUUGAAAGAUUAUUAGCACAUCAAAAUAAUGCUACCUUUUCUGAAGAGUCAUUAAAUCAAUUAGUGGAUCAAGUUAUAUCUCACUACCAAGAAUACUAUAUUGAAAAAAGCAAAGCAGCUGAAAAUGAUGUUUUUGUCAUGUUUUCACCACCUUGGUGUAGCUCAUUUGAAAAAUCACUUUUAUGGGCAACAGGGUUUAAACCAUCUAUAACAUUCCAAUUAGUAAAUGAGUCAGUUGGGACAGAGCUAAACCAAGAACAAAUUGAAAAGAUUUCUCUUGUGAGAGACGAGUCAAGUCGAAUGGAGAGAGAUAUUAAUGAAGCGCUAGCGGGGGUGCAGGAAAGUGUCGCUGCACCCCCGUUUUGCACCUUAGUUAAAAGAGAAACCGUUUUUUUAAUUGAUGGGGAACGGGAAACCGCGGUUCAUGACGUGAAAGAUGUGGUUCAAGAAUUGCAAACUGCGAUGUUGGGUGUUAUGAGAGAUGCUGAUUAUCUAAGGCAGCAUACUGCUGGUCAAGUAUUGGAAGUGUUAACACCAAUUCAAAAGGUGAAGUUUUUGGCUAAAACAUCUCAAUUUUGGCUUCACUCGAGAAAGCUUGGGAUGGACAAGGAUAGACAACAUAGAACGAAUUUUUAGUAGGUGUUUUGAUUCCAUAUGGUUUUUUUUCCCUUCCUUAUAUCUUAGCUAUUAGUUUUGAUAUUUGGUUUCGGUUGGUUGGUUUUGAAUUUUUCUUUAGCUAGGAAAAGACAUGGCAAAUUUUGAAGUUUGUUUUAGUAUUUGACAAGUUUAAGGGACCAACUCAUUAUAUAUGGUUGGGACAAAGCGUUUGUGAUCUUUUGGUUCAAUGUAUGAGGACUAGGUAAGGAGAAUGGUUCAUUAUAAUAUUGCCUAUUUGAUUGAUA